UAGAUAUACUGUUUCUUUUGUAGUUUUGCACAUGAAGAAAGGAAUUUUAGAAUGAAUGAAAAAAUUCUAUUUAUAUUUAUAACCGGAAUUGGUAUUGGAUUCAUUUUAAAUAUUUUAUUCACCGAAAAACCGAUUGCAACGAAUGGUGUACUUCAAUUAAAAAAUGCAAUAAAUGAGUCAAAUACGAUAACAACUGUGAAAAAAAUUCGAAUUUUGUGUUUUUUGGCCACGAUGCCUGAGAGUCAUUCAAGAAAGGCCAUUCACAUACAAAACACAUGGGGCAAACACUGUGAUAAACUCUUAUUUGCAAGUACCAUAGCGGAUGAGAAUUUAGAUGCUCUGGCUUUCAAUGUGACCGAAUCACAUGCUCUUUGGGCGAAAGUAAAAGUGAUGUUUCAACAUAUUUAUAGGAAUUAUUUGAAUGAAUAUGACUGGUUUUACAAAGGAGACGACGAUUCAUUUAUGAUACCAGAAAAUUUGAAAUUUUUACUCGCCUCUUAUUCUCCAGACGAUCCCAUCUAUUUCGGGUACAAAUACAAUACAAGCGAUCAUAAAUGGGGAUAUUUCAGUGGUGGAUCGGGCUAUGUUCUUAGUCGCAAAGAUGUUCGAAUUUUCGUUGAACAAUUGCUAACAAAUAAAUCGCUGUGUCCAAUUGACGAGGAAAAUGUGGCUGAAGACUGGACUAUUUCCGAAUGUUUGGACAAUGGAAAUGUUUAUGCGGGCGACAGUCGUGAUUUACUAAGAAGAGAACGAUUUUUCCCAUUCCAACCAAGUCAACAUCUGUUCCCUUAUAGGGGAAAAUAUUGGUAUUGGGAACGUAAAUAUUAUAAUAAUGAUGAUGGUUUGGAUUGUUGUUCAAACUACACAAUUGCCUUUCAUUACAUUCCAGCAAAAUAUAUGUAUCAUUUAUAUUAUCUAACGUAUAUUCAUAGAGUAUUUGGUACAAAACAUCAUUUUCCACCGCUUCAAAAGAAGCGUAAUUUUCAACAAGUUGUUGAAAUAUUGAAUUUGGAGCGCUUUAACAGCUCAUAUAGGGGAUAUAAAUGAAAGAAAAUAUCUCAAUUAUUCGAUUGAUUAUUUCUAUUUAAUACAAGAAACUUAUUUUAGUUAAUCAAACAUCUCUCACAAGCCAACUUUAAGUAAAAACAAUUGUGUGUCAUAAACAAAGAAAAUGUUCGGUUAUGUUGACAAAUAAAGCCAAUGUGUUUUGAACUUCAUAUAUUCACUAGGCUAUUAAUGAUAUCAAAUAUGGGUUUUCUUCAAGCGAACAGUAGACACUUUGCUUUGGCAGAACUAAAUAAUACAAAAAAUAUGAUUGGAUAUUGUCAUAAAUUGUAGUUUUGAUUGUAAUUGA